AAUAUGUUAAAACUAAACAAAGUCAUUUUGUAUGAUAACCUUUUUCUAAACAUGAACAAAGUUGAAUCAGACAUAUUUUUCUAAGCUCUGAAAUCAGUUUUACCAGACGUCAGUUGAAAAGUGAUUUGGCGAGGUAUAAUUUAGUCCUUAGCCUAUAAUUUGAUCAGGUUUUCUUUUCCAGGCAGAAGACCAACAUCUGGAGCUCUUCUACUAAUGUUUCUGUGUGUAUAUGGCAGACCUUGUAAAGUCUCGGAAAAGGUUACCCACGUUCCUGGCAUGCAUAGGUUACUGUGAUUAAUUUGCUAUUAUCCCAGUUAAAUCACAGUUUCUUGUGAGCUAAAAUCUGUCAGUCUUCAGACUCCUAGUUGCUGUGUGAUGUGCUGGUGGUCUGUUCCUUAGAAGUCUUCUUUUGUCAGAAUUCUUUGGAGGUUUGUGAUUAUUUUCAUAACUGGUCCUGGGUUUAUGUUUGGUCAUUGGGUUCUGGUUGUGAGCCAACUGCACAGGAACAUGUUGUGUUUGUUUGUUUCUGUUCAGUACAUAGUCCUCUUGCGCUCUUCCUCAACUGAAGGUUCAAUUGGCAUUGCUUGACUGUCAGCUGGUCAGGUCUGUAUUUACAUGGCCCACUUUGCAGUUAGAUCAAAGCAUGAAGGUAACCCUCACCAGUAAAUUGUUGCCAGUUUUUGGAAAAAGCUUUAAUCUUGGGUCCUUUGAAAAGUCAUGGUCCUAUGAUACAAUCCCUAUGUCAGACACAAACUGCCAUAAAAUAAACCAACCUUACAUAAAAUAAACCAACCAAAGAAUCAAUCCUUACUAAUGCAGUUAGAUCAGCAGUUGUCAUUAAUUGCAGGAGUUGCUGUUCUGCCUAACAAACAUCCUGCUGCUCCUGGUUGCUCUCUGCCCCUGCUGAUCCUUGUCUUGGUGUAGUCUUUGUGCUGCCAGCGGUGGAUUGGAGCACUCUGAUCAGAAACUUUACAAGGUGGUUUUCCGGUCUGGCGCCGCCUCCCCCAGGGGCCGGCGUGCGCUCCCAGCAGCCUGUGGUGCCCUGUGCCCCCCCUUCCCUGUCAGUGCACAACAGAGCCCAUGCCCAGGAAGGAGGCACAGUUCGUACGCCUGGAGCCAUGUGCCUCCCUCACACUAACAACAUGGACAGCAAGCUACACGGUUCAGGACAGGGGGGAGGGGCUUCACUUCGACAACGAGGAGGAGGUGUUCCACUGGAACCAUUUAUACACCAGGUGGGAGGUCACACGAGCAUGAUGCGCUAUGAUGAUCACACCGUGUGUAAACCUCUGAUCAUCAGAGAGCAGCGCUUCUACGAGUCUCUGCCUCCAGAAAUGAAAGAGUUCACUCCAGAAUAUAAAGGUGUGGUGCUGGUUUGUUUUGAAGGAGAUUCUGAUGGUUACAUCAACCUAGUGGCCUACCCCUACGUGGAAAGCAGUACGGAGGGAGGAAUUGCAGAGCAUGAGGAUCGUGAUCCUGCUGAGAGGGAGCAGCCAAGGAGAAAACACUCCAGACGCAGUCUACAUCGAUCCUCCUCUGAGCACAAGGAGGACCGGCCUGACAGGAGAGAGUCGCAUGAGACAGAUGCCACUGAUAAUUUUGCAGAGCUGAAGAGUCCCAGAAUCGACUCAAAGAUCCACUCAGAUGUUCCCUUUCAGAUGUUGGACUGGAACAGUGGUUUGACCUCAGAGAAGAUCAGCCAUAAUCCCUGGAGCCUACGCUGUCACAAGCAGCAGCUCAGCCGCAUGAGGUCGGAGUCCAAGGAUCGCAAACUCUUCAAGUUCCUGUUGUUGGAAAAUGUGGUUCACCACUUCUCCUACCCAUGCAUUCUGGACCUGAAGAUGGGCACCAGGCAGCAUGGAGAUGACGCCUCAGAGGAGAAGGCCGCCAGGCAGAUGAAGAAAUGUGAACAGAGCACCUCAGCGACACUGGGAGUCAGAGUGUGUGGCAUGCAGGUGUACCAGCUGAACACAGGUCACUACCUCUGCAGGAAUAAGUACUAUGGUCGCGGUCUGUCGAUUGAAGGCUUCCGUCAGGCACUGUACCAGUACAUGCACAAUGGAAAGGGUCUGAGGCAGGACCUCCUGGAGCCAAUCCUGAAUAAGCUUCGGAGCCUUAAGGAAGUGAUUGAGAGGCAGGCGUCCUAUCGCUUCUACUCCUCUUCUCUGCUCAUCAUCUAUGAGGGAAAGGAAACUGAUGAGCCCUCCAUCUUCAGCCCUGUGCAGCCUGUGGUCUGUCCACAGAAGACUCCUGCUGCUCCUUCAGAGCCCACCCCAGGUCCCCACACUCCUCUGGCCCCCGAGGCUCCCUGUAAAACGGACAUGAGUCAGAACCCAGACCCUGGGUCAGUUUCCUCUCAGGUGUCCGAACUCAAGGCUCAGCCCUCUCACUCCCCUCAACCUUCCCCACAACCACCACUGACCACCACGUCAGACUGCCACGCCUCCCCUUCUUCCUCAACUCGCACUCAUCCAGACUCCUCCACCCCUUCUUCCUCUGCUCCAAGUUUAUUUUCCUUUGCUCCCUCACCUGCACCACAACCUAAACAGCCCCCCCUUGUGGAUGUUCGUAUGAUCGACUUCGCCCACUCCACUUUCAAGGGUUUCCGUGGAGACACAGCAGUGCACGAUGGCCCAGAUAGAGGAUACGUGUUUGGACUGGAGAGCCUGGUCCAUAUCUUGGAGAGCUUGCGGGACGGCAACCUGCCGUAGCACGCCGCACAUAACAAUUUGGGCACACACAUGCGCACAACCAUGCACAUUUACGCAUACACACUCGGAUAAAAAUCCCACACAAAUCUGGCUUUGAGCUUGAUUAGGUCAUGCCGCUGAGACGUCUCGGCUGUAAAUAUGAAACAGGGUUCUCCAGGAUGUCGCCAUGGAAACAUGAGCAUUCUACAGUCAAGUAGUUUCUAUAGCAACAGGCAGUCGGUGAGACAGCAGCUUAGAAGAGGAAAAUCACUUCACUGUCACAGGUUGUAAGUCUACUUGUGGGGACACUCAGUGUAAUUUUAUCACUUAAAAUAUCGCAAUGUCAGUUUAUUCAUCUUCGCAUGUAAAAAACAAAACCACAGGCAUCUUCAAGAAAUAUAGAUAAGAAUAUCACAGGAGUAGACUGAAAUGGAAUAAAAAAAGUAGUAGUUUGCAAUUGACAUGGAGGUCACUCAGGACUUAGGUCAGAAACAUGACCCACAUGUAAUGUCAGUGAAAGGUCUCAUUUUUACUUCAGCAUCCAUGUUAAGUUGCAAGCUUGAGCUAUUUGAACUCUGAGUGCAGGUUUAGGUUCUGGGCUUCACCUUGAGAAAAGGCAAAAGGUAUCAUUGUAGCAGACUGCCAGUGGAAGCUGUAGUGACAACUCAGUGUGAACGACUGACACACGACAAGUGCUGCAACAGUGGCAUGCUGCUCAGGUAGACUUAAAAGAAGGGUAUGCAAAAAUUUACUAAAGAGAAAUUGUCACAUUUGAACGGACCACCAGAAGUGUACAGUGGUGUUUUCUUCUGCAGGGAUACUUUCCUGUGCAGGGAUUUUCCACUCUUUUCUUUUCUGUGUGGUCAGGAUAAUCCUGAGUGGAAGUGUUUCCUGGGGACAGAUACACCCACUGGGUGUACUGAGUGACUGUUAAAAGCCAAAGAGAAUGAAUUAAGAUUUGAGGAAGGUUGGGGUCCGAUCACAGGGUGAGAUGAAUGUAGGUUAUGAAUCUCUACACCCGUUUGUUUCAUAGUGUGAUUUUUCUUUUUAGAAAAUAGUUGUGUUAAAUGAUGGUUUCAUUUUGAUCACCAGUUUUACAUAUUUAUAUUUAGUAUUAAUGUAGUAUCAGGGAAGUCAAAGGCUAAAUUAUAGCAUCCCCUGCAGGCAGGAAGCCCUUCUACUUGGAAAGCGUUUCUGCAUACUCUUCUUUUAAGGGAAUGGUAGUUCCUACUUGAGCUCAGACAUUUCCCGACACCUUUUAUAUAUAUUUGAACCUAUUUACAUUAUAUACAUUUCCAGAAAAUAAAUGUCACAAACAUCACUUGUCAUUCCAGACUUUUGAGUAAAGGUUUUACAUUUACAAAUGAAGUGAACUUGAAUCCAAAUGAGAAAUCAAUCGGUGGAGGAAGUACAAAUGUGUCUAAAGAUCAUGUUGGUCCUUGCACAGACUGACCAACAGCAUCAUCCAAACAUGCACACAGACGCAUCCUAGGAGCGUUUGUCAGCAGAGAAGCUCCGUGAACAAUCAUUCAGCUGAAACUUGGCCAAAGUCCUCACUUAUUUUAUUCACUCCUAACAACAAAUACCCCCUUUUUCACCAUCUUACUGUGCAGAUACAACAAACCAAACUAAACCUGGACCGAAGGAUGGAUUCUUCAGCAUGUCCCAUUGGAAAACACACACAAACACCUGAGAAAGCAAUGGAUGAGGAUGAUGAUGAACAUGAUAGAUGGCAACUCUUUUCUUCAUCAGUGUAGGGGGGGGUCGCCCCCUGGAGGAAGUGACUGUGCAACAUAAAUGUGCAUCAUAGAGUUAGGCUUUAAGAAGAAAAUACAGAUCACUUAAAAAAAAGAUACAGUACACUGUACGUCUGUUUUUGGGGUUAUAUUUAAAAAAAUAUGUGAGUACUGUGUGUCCUGUUUAACAAAGAAAAACAUCCUCUGGGUAAAUGUGUCAGUGUCAGUUUCACAAAUGUGGUCUAUAACAAGUGUAUUUUCUAUAUUGUCAACAAUUCCCAUGGAGAAAGUAGAAUCAAAUGUGUUGGUUUUAACAGAGGAGGAGUUCUAAAACUGUCUGUUACCUCAGUGUACACUUAUAUACCAAACAACAUUGUGCUGUUAAAACGCUUAUGACAGAUUUGAUCCCCAAGUUUGUAUUUCCAUCUAUAGUCAAUGCAAUUGCAAAUGGCUUAAAUUGUGGAUGAUGUGCUGCUGAGGAGAUUUGAUCAUUUCCUCAAUGUAUUGUUUAGCAUAAAUGUGAUUUUUACACAGGAUAAUAAUGUCAAGGAACGCAUUUUUGCUUUUACACACAUGGGAUUUGCUGACAGUGAGAAAAGAAUAGAUUAGUUGCAGCUAUUGUCUUUACGUGAGGGAUUGGUGACAGAGUUCGUGUGUCAACAGUGUUGGUUUAUACAUGUACAUGUCAAUGACUGAUGGUGAACGCAGUCACAAAGUUCUGUGUCGUGACCAUGUCGAUGGGAUCAGUUGGAGAAAACGGUGACUUGACUGUCACCCAGCCUCGCCUCCAGCGUCACCAUCCUGCCAGUGUCAGCAGAGGUUGUGUCACCACUGAGGACGUUACACCACUAUUAUCCCCUCUGAUCGGUCUGAUUAGACUGCGUCACCCAAUGACAAACAACAUCCAGAGGCCAGGGCUGUGCUGUGAUACUGCACUGCCCCCUGCUGAAAAAGAAGAGGAAACCAACCCCAGGAGCUGGACUUACAAGAGAGAUAAAAUAUGAAUAUUUUAUUUUUGAUUUCUCAAGGCGAUAAUUUAUUUUUUUAUUGUACCUUUAUCGAUAUGUGGGGGUAAAUGUUUUGUCUUUCACACAACUCCCACGCCCAUAAAUGUCUACAAUAUAAAGAGGUUUAAGUGCUUUAGAGACGGUGCGUAGAAGUUGUUAGAAGUAUGCUUUAUAUACAUAUAUACACAUAUGUAUACAUAUAUGUGUAUAUAUAUACACAUAUAUUUGUAUACAUAUAUGUGUGUGUAUAUAUAUAUACAUAUAUGUAUGUAUAUAUGUAUAUAUAUAUAUAUACACAUGUGUGUAUAUAUAGGUAUGUAUAUAUGUAUAUAUAGGUAUAUAUAUGUAUGUAUGUAUAUACAUAUAUAAUGAUUUUGCUGACAUGGCCUCAAGUCUGUUACUGAUGAUCUGCAGACCACCCAGGUUUAUCAGCAAAUCCAGGCUUGAUUCAGGCCCAUAGAGUCCCUACACCUCAGUUCUGUUAUGGGAAGGUUCUUAAGCCUUCGUGAGUGUGCGUGCGUGCUAGCAUGCAGGUAUAGAAACCAUCUUUAGUAUUCAGUUGAUUUCGCCUCACAUUUUAUUGAGUUGGUUAAAAAAACGCCCAUUAACAUCCUCCUGUUUUUCCUCAGUUUUUCGCACCACAUUGUUACAGCAGUCUCGCAUUCUGAAUGCAGCGAGUCCACACUCAGAUUAUCAUAUCUAUUAUUCAAUGGUUAUUUAGCAGCAUUUUCUGCAUAUGGCAUUGUCCUGUUUGUUAGAAAAGUGAAAUUAAAGUGAGAUUAAAUCUU